UGCUCGAUCGAGCUUUGAAACUACUCAGAGGGCAGCAGGAGCAAGCUGCCCCACGCACUGCUGUGUAAAACUAAAGAGGGCAGCAGGAGAAAGCUGCCCCACACGGCAUUGCUGUGUAAAACCAAACAUAUGGAGCUCUCCGCCAGCGCGCAGGGCGACGCGCGCAUCGUUGCGGCGCGAUCGCUGCCACGGAGCGUAGCCCACUUGGACCGGGCGGUGCUCUUCCAGAUCUUUGAUUACCUGCGAGACGCGCUUGCAUUUCUGCAGUGCGAGGCGACGUGUGUUGAUUUCCGCAGCCUCCUGCGAGAGGACGGCGACACUAUCGGACAAAUCGGACAAAAACUCUGGCAGGCGCGGCCCAUCGCGUACGGUGCGCGGAUUUUCGCGACGGGCGGGACUGCGUAUACAGAGGAAGAGUUGGAGGACUUAGAUGAGCAGUACUGGGCCGGCACGGUUGGAUGGACGGAGCGCCACAACGACGAGAUCUGCGACGGCGGCCGGGAGGUCGUACUCGGUUUCGCAUGUAUGGACGCCAUAGGUGCAGCGCAGCGCUUGCACGGCGCAAUCAUAGCGCCGCUCGCAGGAGAGCAGUGGACGCCACUACUAAAUCGCUUGCAUCGGUGGAGUAACCUCAGCAUUCAACGUCCUCUCGACAUGUUUUCCAGUGCCGUGGUUCUCGCCGCGACCGAGUCGGUCGAGGCGUGGAUCAUCGAUCUCAUGGAAAAAGGCUGGCUGUGUGCCCUUCACCGGGGGAAAAUGAUCGUCACAGGGAACGACAUAAAAUUGGCCGCCCGUUGUUCAGAUGAUUUAACCGCCCGAGGCACUGAAUUUCCUGGGUGUGCUUCUUGGAAAUCCAACGCAAUAUAUAAAUCCCUCAACGAAAGCGGCGAUAGACCGUUGGCCGAGCUCCUCGCCGAGCUCGAUGGGCCGACGCAGGAGCGCAUCAUACGGACGCUUGCGCGUCGCGCCGGCUUCGCUGCGUACGAUAAUUCUGCUUACGAAACGUUAUGGAGGCUUGUAUUACUUCGCCUUUGCGUGCUGUUGGAGCGCGUCGACGCCGUAUACUUUAAUACGACGCCCGAAGACUGGGAAAUUCGUUUCCCCACUCCCGAAAGCUGGAAACGCUCGAAGCACAGGCCGAGCCUCGAGACUCUCGCGUAUGUCUUGCAGAAUGGCUCCGGACCAAUGACCCCGCCGCCGCCCCACCAAUACGCGCCGUUUCGCGACGAGGACGACGGCAGCUUCCGCUCGGACGACUGCAGCGACACGGACGACGACGACGACUCCUCGAUAGGCGGUGGGUCAGUGCACGAAAACGACUCCUCGAUAGGCGACGAGUCCGCGCAGCCGUCCUCCGUCGCCGACCGGCUCGCCUCGCUCGCGUCGCUCCGGUCGUCCGGGGCGCUCACGGAGGCGGAGUUCGCGCGCGCCAAGGCGCUCGAGCUUGGGCUACCCGUCCCGUAAUUGAAGAUUGUUUACGAC